CUCACAAUACUAUCUCAGAUCAGAGUUCGUCUAAUGAAAUAUUUGAUAUUUCAAAAUUUAUUCUGUAGAUAUAACAGUUAACAGUUAGCAGUAGUUUAGUCGCAUGAGUGGCCAAGUGUCAGUCGCUACUCGCUUCUCGGCUCUCGUCAUAUCAGCGUUCUGGUCAGUAGGGUCGACUGUUCGGUGAGUAUCUACCAGUUACAAGAUUUUAUUGCUACAGCUGCUGAAUUUUCUCAGUUUGCCGAGAACGUUCUAAUGAGGCAAAAACGUUACUUUCCCAUUUGAAUUUCACAAACAAUUUCUGACGUUAUUAGUUGUAGUAGUCGUCGUGUCUUCGUCAAUGGUUUUGCUUAAGCUGUUGUCUUGACACCUGUGCCGCUGGUAAUCACGAGGACUGAUCAUGGCCGGACGUUGGAACGACAACAGUUGCAAUGUGCCUACCGACAGCGCCAAUUCCAGGGCUGCUGGAUCGUCUGCAAAUCAAUCCCCACGAAAGGUGCUCAGUGUCGCGCAGUUAAGCUUCACCAACCAUGGUGUUGGUGGCACUUCGGCAGCACCAAAUACUUAUGUCCCUCAGGCCGCUCGUUUUGAACCUGUGCAGACAAUUGAGCCGGAUGUUGAACGCGUUGCCAAGCAUAUUCAAAGUAUUUGGGCCACUUGGAAACAAAGUAAGGUCUUAACUGAUACAUUGAGAAGUUUUUUUAAAUUCAGUCCCAAUCCGUAUGCCUCCUUAUUACAAUUGAUAAAUAUUAUAUCAGAAGAUAGACUCAAGGGUAAAGCUAAUACAAUGGCUCAUACGAUAACGGAUGAAUUUUACAAAUGGAUAAAAUGUAAUGAAAGUGAAUAUGAACAUGUUUUAACCGAUGAAUUAAAAAUUCGAGCAUUUAAAAUGGUACUUGAGAAGAAAAUAAGUUUCAACACUAUAAACACCAUUGUUAAAAUUUUCAAGUGUAAUACACAUUUGGAUUAUAUGGAAGAAUUAAUCAGGGAAUCAAUUAAACAAAAAAAAUUUAAAGAGGCCUGUUAUGCUAGUAUGAGUUUGAAUAUACAAGAUAGAUUUACUGUAGAAGAUUUUUUACUACCCUUGUUUUUCAUGAAUUUGGUAUGUGUGACAGAAGAAUUUUUAGUCACCUCACAAUUUCAACAAACAGCUUUGGUGAAAUAUCUUGAUGAUUUACUAGUAGAAAAUGACGAUUGUUUAUAUUACUUAGCCGAUCGCCUAAAUGUUACACAAUCAAAUAAUAAUUUUUCUAAUAAAAGUCAAAUCAAAACAAAUCUAACACGGAUAAUGAAAAAAUAUAACAUUUCAAAUGAAUUGGCGCCUAAUAUUACUAGACAAAAAAAGAAAGGAGCUUUAAUGUAUUUGUUUCGUCGUUAUCAAUCUGGUGCUACUGGCAUCCACGCUUGGAGAGAAAUGGCGUUAGAAUCGAUUGGUGAUGAUGAAACAAUGAUGUUGGAACUUGUCAAAAUGCUAAACAAUUUUGGAGAUAUUCAAGAAUGUAUUUAUUUUGUCCAGUUAUUUGCUAUUGACCCAUCAUUAUUGCCACCAACUAUACAGCAAGAGUUACUAUUUUGUGAAAACGCGAGUGCUGGAAUUGAUAGACCAAUACCAACUGAAGAAUACAAUACUACAGAAUAUCAUGAUUUAUCAUUGCCUGAUAAACAAAUACAUAUAAUUGAUAGUGCAUCAAAGUUUAAUGAAUUUUUAGAUAAAAUUAAUAUUGAGUUGUUUGAUGCACAUUUGGAUGUUUUUGGUUUGGACUGUGAAUGGAAACCAGAAUUUACAAGUGACAAAAGUGAUUUAGCUUCCAUUCAGUUAGCCACUAUUGAUUCAAUUUACAUAUUUCAUUUACCACAACUGCAGCCAGCUGAAAGUUUUAGGCUACAUUGGCAAGAAUUUUCUAUGAAUAUAUUCUGUAAUAUAAAUAUAUUAAAAUUAGGUUUUGAGUGGAAAGGAGAUGCGUCAAUGAUUAGAUCUUCAUUACCAAUUGAUAAUAUACAACUUCACGGACCUGGAUUUCUUGAUAUUAAGUUGCUAUGGAAAGAAUUAGAGACUAAGUGGAAUUUUCAGCUUCCUUUUCAAAGUCCUAAUGAAGACAUACCUUAUAAUAGUCUUUCAGAUUUAGUAAAAUUAUGUUUUGGAAGACCAUUAAAUAAGACCGAACAGUUUUCAAAUUGGGAAAAAGUACCAUUACGAUCAAAUCAAAUUAAAUAUGCUGCUCUGGAUGCUUAUUGUCUAUUAGAAAUUUACAAUUUAUUCAAAGCAAAAUGUAAAAGCUGUAAUAUUCCAUUUGACGAAGUGUGUCAAAAAAUAUCAAAUAAUGACCAUCCGGAUAUGAUGAAACCAAAACCAAAGCAUAAAAAAAAUAAAUAUAAAGUGCCAAAAACGAAUAUGAAAUCUAAGUCCCCUCAUACUCAUGUUUCUAGUGUUAAGCAUUUCAAGUUAUUAGUACCAUACACAUUAGAGAAACUAGCUGAACGUUUACGUAAAUGUGGUAUUGAUACAUCCAUUGUUGAAAGAUCAAAAAUUAAUGAUUGCCAUUACAUAGUUAACUUAAUCAAAACAAAAAAUUUACAUUUUAUUGCUUUUGGAUGUGCAUUUUCAAAGGUAGCAGAACAAUUACAUGCUGGCCAAUGUUAUUGUGUUCAAAAUCAUAAUUUGGACGACCAAGUACAAGAAGUGUUGAAUUUUUUCAAAAUUGUUGUUAAAAAAGAGGAUCUGAAUAGCCGUUGUCAAAUUUGUAAUAGUGACAGUUAUAUGACUGUUAGCAGCUUGAUUAUGAAAAAAAUUUAUAAUUCUGUUAAAUUAAUACAAAAUCAAACAGCUAUUAGAUAUAGACCACCUUCUAUUGAUGAAGAUUAUGAAGACAAUGAUUUUUAUGGGGAUGAAGAUGAUUCAGAUGAUGAAGGAACAACUGCUCCCAUUAAUGCAGAACCCUUAGCUAAUAAUUCAUCUAAGCCUGAUGAUCCUCAUAGUAAACUUCUUAGUGGUUAUACUGAUGGAAAUUCAAUGAUUGAUGUGAAACCAUUAUCGCCUGAUAUGUUUAAUGACAAAAACCGUGUAUUUUACAUUUGUAACAGUUGUGGAUCAGUUAGGUGGGAUAACUUACAAUGGGAGAGCGCACUUGGUAGUAGCUUAGGAAUGAAGUUUAAAUAAAUUAGAAAUAAUUUAUUUUAAGUAUGUAUAUGAAAUAAACAUUUUUUUCAAUGGUAUUUUUAAAACAUUUAACAAAUUCAACUUGUUAUGACUAGCUUUUUAAUUUUUACCGUCCCAUAUAUUUUGUUUUUUUUCCUGCAUAGAUUUUAGUUUUACAUAUAAAUAUAAAAUUGUUAAACACAUUAUAGGUAAUAUCUUCAAAAUAAGAACGUAUUUGCAUAGAGACUAGUUAUCAGCAGCGUUAAAGCUACACCUGGGUACAAGUUGUCUGCCAAGUACAAUCUUAUUUCGUUCCGAGUAUAAUUUUCCUAACUUUUUUUUUAUAAUCAAAUUUUAAAAUUAACUGUGAUCAUUUUAUAUAAUUGAUAAUUUUUUUUUUUAUAA